AUGGAACGAUGUUUUUGCGACUCCCAUUUUGGGAUCGACGAAACGGUGUGGAAAGACUUCCUUCGCCGCGUGUUACACGCGGACGCCGCGAGAGUGCAUGCAAGACCUAGUGAACGAGUCAUCAAAGAUGUUGAGGCUAACAGCCGGGUUCUCGUCGAUAUCACCGAAGACUUCAAGCCCCUUCAGCGUCAUCUGGUAUUCAAGACCUUCACUGAAGACACCCCCAUUAAAGGCUCGAAACGUGUUCUUGUCGAUACUUUCCGGGGCCGCAUGCAUUGUGAGACGGAGCGCCACGAAGGCCUGUCUGGCGACCACAUUGGAAUCUGUAAAUUCGUAGCACAAGAGGAAAAACAGUUUCGCCCGGUGCACAAGGGAAUCCGCUGGAUGCUCGAACAAUCCCCUAAGGCGCUAGCCUUCAAGGACUGGCUUGACCACGUGCAUGGAAACAAGAGGCUUCUGCUUCAAGGCAAGCCGGGCACUGGGAAGAGUUUCCUUGCAAAACACAUCAUCACUACCCCCACAUUGUUCAAGGAUAGCGAGGUCAUUCACUGUUUCCUUAAUUCUUCGCUUCCCGAGCGGUGUAGCUUGAAUGUGCUCCUGCGAGCUACGCUUCACCAGGUGCUGAGGCUCGUACCUACACUGAUCACCACGCACCUACAAGUUCUUCUGGAUAUUCAGCAAGCCAACAUCAGUGAUCAGGAGAUUGUGAUUAAAUUGAAAGCUAUUUGGGGCUCAGUCAUGGCUGAGGUUGCAGCAAGCGUUAAGCUGGUCUUUAUUCUGGACGGAUUGGAGUAUCUACCUAAAACCCAGCAACAGGAGUUCCUGAUCUGCCUCAAAGACUUCAACGAAAGGGUACAAGAGCCGCUGGGUGCGAAAUUUCUUUUUCUCUCCCAAGAGGACCAAAAUCAUUCACAGCAACUGUCCAAGGCCGGUUUCGAGCGGUAUACCAUAACGGUUCAGGACACCGCAAAUGACAUUCUCGUGUCCGAGCUCAGCAGGCGUCGAAUCACUGACAAAGAUCAGCUUCUUACGACGCUCGAUGCCUUUUCUCAGGGCAUCACGUACGUUUAUAAGUCUAGUCUGGAAAGGAUAUUUCUCAGGGCUGCCCUGCGUUCCUUCGUUAGGCAGGCACUCAUGUGGGCCUGCUUUCAACAAGAGAGGCUGAAAAGAGACGAAUUUAACUUUGGGCAAGCGCUAGGCGUCUGGAUUGAUAACCAAUCCGAUGGACAAUCGACUGCACAAAGUUUCGAAGUCUUGCUGGAUGAUAAUAUUGUCAUCUCUGUCGAGUUGUACUGCGGUCCGUUGGUACACUUUGUUGAUGGGCGCCUGGAGCUUACGCAUGCAAGUCUAAAGGACUAUCUGACCCAGGACGUGUCCUCGAAAUUUCGUCUACCUGUGCGAGAGUCCCACGCUGCUCUAGCAAACAUAUGCAUGGAAUACCUUGCUAGCUUUCGCUCCCAGGACUCUGGAUCUAAUAUGGAAGCUAUUGAAAUGGAGGAUUGGGAGUCCAAGGUCCGCCAAAGAAUGCAAAAGCAUCCGUUCGUUCGAUACGCGUCUCUCUAUUGGUUCAAACACCUAGAGGAAGCUGACACGGCGUGGUCCAGUGCCCUUUACCCUCUUGCAGCGCUCCAUUGCGACCUAUUACGUGACCGGACUACUCACUCUGCAAGAAGCUGGACCGAAGUUUGGUGGUUUUGCAAAGAGGGCCCGCGGAAGAGUACCCGAAGGACUGCCCUGCAGAUCAAAUAA